AUGACAAAACGUAAGCAGCAGGAUACAAAAGAAAACCUAACCCUAACCGUAUUUGAAUCCAAUAAACGAUGUUCAAACUCUGGAGGAGAAUACUUUGAUCGAAUCCCUGCAGAUUUGGUCAUCAAAAUCUUAUCGAAAUUGUCUGCAAAGUCUAUGGCCAAGUGUCGUUGUGUAUGUAAGCUCUUGUCGUCGAUAAUUCGACAACCAAAUUAUAACCAGUUGUUCCCGAUCAAGUAUCCCGAUCCACCGAGGUUCAUCUUCACCUUCUUAGGUGGAGGAAUGUUAUUUUCCUACACUUCAACACAGCCUGAAAAUCCAGAUGAGAAUUCAUCUCUUGUAGCCACUGCUCAUCAUCAUACGGAUAUCCCUAGAGAUUUCUCUCAAAUCCUUAGCUCUGUCCACGGACUGGUCUGUUAUCACCGUAAGAUAAAAAAUGACACAGUUUUUGUGAUUUAUAAUCCCAUCACAGGGCAGUACGUAACCUUACCCAUAUUGGAAGCACAUGCGACAAUAAACUAUUUCGCCAUCGGGUAUGAUCCAAUCAACAAACGGUUCAAGGUAUUGUGUGUAACCUCGGUGCAUCAUGGAACAGGGGAGGAGUUUGAUAGUCAGCAUCAAGUUCUCACAUUCGAGACUGGAAGGAGAAAUCUAUUUUGGAGGAAGAUCCAAUGUCGCAGACAUUAUUAUACCCACCGUUAUCAUAAGGGGAUAUGCAUCAAAGGUGUUUUGUAUUAUGCAGCAACCUCUAUGAAACCUAUGUUGGGACCUAUGAUCGUUUGCUUUGACGUUAGGUCUGAGAAAUUUGGUUUUAUUACUUGGAAACCUCCCUCUCUGAUAAACUACAAGGGUAAAUUAGGUUCAAUAAAUAGUAAUGAUAACGAUUUGGUGUUGUGGGUUUUAGAGCAUGGCCAGGAACGUAAAUGGUCAAAGCAUAUCUACGUAAAGCCCCUUCAAUGGCCGGAGUUCAAUGGAAUUGAUGUAAACUUUUUAGUUACUAGUAAAGGUGAAGCUGUAUUCUGCCCAAAUCACUAUGAUCCACAAGUUCCUUUUUACCUUUAUUACUACAAUCUCGAGGAGAACAUUGUGGUAAGAGUAAGAGUUGAAGUUCCAGAAUCUCAAGGUUCUAAACGGGUUUUGUUUCAUGCUGUUCCAAACUAUCUAGAGAAUAUGAAGCUUACGUGA